CUUCCCUCAUCAACCCCACGACAAACUAAUUUCUCAACACCCAAAAAUGGAGCCUCAAAUACCAUCUGAGCCUUGUCUCUCUGAAACUUCAGCCAUCGUUUCAGCCUCAAAUGGCCCAACACCAACCGCCAGAACCUCCAUGGAUACUACCCCCAAAGAAGACAAGAAAGAAGAUGAUCUCGUAUUGGACCUGCGCCUCUCCAAUCAAGAAUCGAAGCCUGAGCUGAAUUUCGUAGACUGUUUCAAGGUUGUGGACUCGUCCUCUGAUCAUGAUCAAGACCAAGGUAAUGAAACUGAGCCUAGAGUAUUUCCAUGUAACUAUUGCCAAAGAAAAUUUUACAGUUCACAGGCUCUGGGAGGCCACCAAAAUGCACAUAAACGAGAAAGAACACUGGCCAAACGAGGCCAGCGGAUUGGCCGUGGCGAUUUCGGUCAACAUUAUAGCAUGGCUUCUCUUCCUCUGUAUUGUUCCUUGAAUAAACCACUUGGAGUUGGGGAGCACUCCAUGAUCCACAAGCCCACUUUUGCUCCAUGGCAUAAUGGAUGGUCUAGACGCCCCGUUGAUCGCCAUCUUUCAAUGGGGAUUAGUGCCACUGGUACAUUCCAAGGCCGUGUAGGGAAGUUCGGUCCGCCGACGGAGGGAAUGGCUGGAUUUUUGUGGGAUACUGUUAACCAUUUCAACCGUGAAAAAGAUGAGUUGAACCUCGACUUGGCUUUGAAGCUUUAA